CAGGCAGGCAGCAGCAGCAGCUUCAGUAUACGGGUGCAGAGGACAGCGCACGGUGGGAUGCAGCGCUCUUUCUCACACGCCACUUUCCUGCUGGCGUUGGUGGUGGUGCUGGGGUGCUGCCACGCCUCCACCACCCAAAGGUCCACGCCCACGACCCCACCCCUCUCCACCACGCCCACCACCACCCUGCAGGAUGACAACGACACCGUGGAUGGUGUGACCACGGCCGACACGCUGGCUCUCUCUGUCACCUCCAAAGCCACAGCUGGGGACGUCCUGGAGGAGGUGAGCCGCCUCCUGGACAAGCUGAGGGAGGUGGCGUCAUCCAUGCAGGAGGCGAGGGACGAACACGAGCGCCUGGCGCAGGCCGUCGCCCAGAUCACCACGGCCGUGAAGGACAUGGGUGAGAACAACCAACACAUCAAGAAGAAGGUCCGCAAGAUGUCCAAAGGUCUCAAGCGGAACUCCCACAACCGUAAGAUCAAGGACGGCCUCAAGUCUCUCCAGCGGGACCACCAGCGCAUCCUACACGCCAUGAGUCUCAGCGGCAUCAACAUCACUCGCCUCCACAACCACACCCGUAAACACAACCUCACCCACCCUCACCCACCUAACCACAAGAACCAGCACGGCCGCAAUCGCAAGAACCACGAGUCUACCGCCAGCGUCGAGGUCACCACCAAGUCCGUGCUGGCGGCCGAGACCCACGAGGCCGCCAAGAACCUCCACCAGGAGUCCAAGGAGUCGACGGCCGAGGAAGACCCCGAGGCCACCGACAACCUCAUCCCCGAACUGGUGGUGGACCCCCCCAGCGCCACCGACCCCCCGCUGCCCAUCGACUGUACCGAGGUGAUGCAGCGAGGCAACUGGACCAGCGGGAUCUACCUGGUCCAGCCUAAGGGUCUCCAGCCCAUGAAGGUGUGGUGUGACCAGACAACCAAUGGUGGCGGGUGGACGGUGGUGCUGGCCAGGUUGGAACAGGCAUCCCAGGAAGACUUCAACAGGAACUGGGCAGACUACAAGGCUGGCUUUGGCGACCCCACAGCUGAACACUGGCUCGGGUUGGAGGCUAUGCACGUCAUGACCAAGGGCAGGAACCACGAGCUCCGGGUCAACAUCACCGAUUGGAGUGACAGUUCUGCUUGGGCCGAGUGGAAAGAGUUCAGUGUGGCGGGAGAGAGCGAGAAGUACCGACUGAAGGUGAUCCGCUACACCAGCAUGUCUCAGGCCGGAGACGCCCUCAAGUGGCACAACGGCAUGAAGUUCUCCACACCGGACCGUGACAAUGAUGUACUGCUGGGUGGUCACUGUGCUAAGAGGAAUAGUGGAGGCUGGUGGUACCGAGGCUACCGUGGCUGCUACCAAGCUCACCCAACUGGCCGGUACCAGAACAAUCCCGGUGACCCACCCAAAACCUCAGUGGAGUCCCGCAACUUUGAACUAGGACCUGUGCUGGUGUGGCAAAAUUGGCGCGGAGAGAGUUACUAUCCCAAGACCCUGUUCCUCAUGUUCCGGCCGGCACUGAAUUAAGAGGUACCCUUGAAGGACGAUGGUGUACCCACUCCCAGAUUACAGUCACUGCUGAGGGUGUUUUGUCAAGGAUUUUGAACCUGGAUUUCAGAAAGAUUUGUAUUUUGACCAAAGCUGGGAAGGGUUUAAAGAAAGAAAGAAAGCACAGCUGGGUUGGUUCCCUUCCCCAGUAGGACUGUUGUGUUCAAGCAUAAUUGUGAGUUGGUUUUGAUUCGCUGAUUUUUGGCAUCAAUUUCUAUGAUAACUUGGAAUUAUUUUGGAUUGAUAAUUAAUUACUGUCACUUAAUGAGAAACAGUAAACUUCUCAUAGUUUUGAGACUCGGUCUAACCUUCCCUGGACGACAGGAAGCUUGAAUAUGUUGUUUCACAAAGUCGUGGCUGAGUAGUUAAUUACCACUACAUCAGCAAAGAUAUUUUUCAAUGCUUAAUAGGGCAGAGAGUUGGAACUAUAAGUAAUAUACAUAAUAAUAAUUAUUUUUUUCUAGUACACAAGAGAUGGAUAUUUUUAAACAUUUCACAGUUCAACGGUACUGUACUGGCAGUUCACUGUAUCAAAACAAAAGCAUCUUGUGACAUGUUAUCUUAUAUAAAGUUAUAUCUUGGAUGCUUUUCUGUGUUAUGGGACGGAGGUUAUUUGUUUAUGUAAUUCUUCUGCCAAAUAUUGUGCCAAAUACAAAUUUGGGUUUGGUCACCUGCCAAGAUAUUAAUAAGGGAUUUUUUUUCUACUCUUCAAAUGAUCAAAGGUGAAUAUUAAAGAACUGAGCAUGACAAGAGAUGGGGAUAGAGAGGUGUAGCCUUGGUUUCUGCUUUAGAAGAGAAUAUUCAUCAAGAAUAUUCACCUUCCUUUGGAAGAGUUACUCAACAAGCAGAAUCAAACAUAAAUGAAUUUCUCACACAGAAGUGAAAUAAAAAACUUUGGUAAAAGAAAAAGAAAUCCUCUCUAAAUAAGACCUUUACUCUUAACCAUUAAGGCCCACUGUCAUGUCUCUGUACUGCCGUGUAUCUGUUGUGGUAGGAUUAUUGUAGUUCUUAGCUUACCUAGGACCUUCUCAGUAUCCUUGAACACAUCUCACUAGCCUCCCCAGCUCAGAUUACAACAUCCACCUCUCCUUCUCAUUAGUAAACUUACUGAAAGUAUCACUUUUGUCAUUGAAGCUCAGUCAAAUUUAUUUAAAUUUCAUUUUGAGAAGCUCUACAUUUACAAGAAGCACAAGUGAAGAACAUACAGCUUCACAUUCUCAAGUUCCUCCCCACAAGUGGUCAAUAUGUUAACUUAAAUAUUGAGAAACGAGGCACUGACAUUGGCUCUUGUGCAUUGAAAACUAAGUUUUGAGGCUAAUGAUUAGAUUUUUGGCCAGAAUAUCAACUACAAGGCUGUAGGCUUUGUUUUGUCAUCAAGAGCAGAUUUAUCAUAACUAAUAUUCCCUUUAAGUUCAUUGUAGUGUUACUCUCUUCAGUAAGUUUCUUUUUCUACAUUAAUUAUAUCCAAAAAAUAUGAAAGUGUUGAGAUUAGCAGCUCCUGGUUGAGUAGCUGAACUCUAGUAAGCUAAGUUAAGCUUACCUGUACUGUACUGUACUGUACAUGAGAUACAUAUAAAAAUAUCUUAAACGUUUUACCAACAUGUUCACUGUGAUGAUGGACACCAACACACAUGCUGAAAACAAACACCCUUCAUAAUAAUAUCAUGUAUACUGAGGGACAAAGACUUCCUCUUCUGACAGCCAGCCAAAAAAACAACAAAAAAUUUCCUAUCAGUCCUAAAAUUAAGAAAAUCCUGGCCUAUAUAUAAGAAAGUUUCACUAACACUGUAUGUACACCUUGACAAACUUUUCCAUGAGCUGUGAGUUAGUUUUUGGGUAGCUGUGAGAGGAAGACAGACUUACCACUGAGGGAAAGGUUAGCAACUCUUCUCAUUAUCAUUCUAUGUCUCAUCUCUAAACUUUUUUUUUUCUCUCACCGACGAGGAAAUCUGAUGGUCAAGUCCUCAAAAGUUUCAUCAUAUGACAAAUUUUCAAGAAUCUAUGGUCUACCUUGAUAAACAGAAGCACCUGCUAUCUAAUUGGUCUUUUAUUUAUGGUUUGUAAAUGUUGUGUGUCAUUGGUAUUACUGUCUUUGACUAUCUGAAUGUCUCCUACAUAGUAAUCAUGAAAUGGAAGCAAAAUCCUAGCCAUGAGUAAUUAUAAUAGUGUUCAAGUACAAGGUAAUCUGCAGCAGUUAAUGCACUACACACUGAGAUCAUAGGGAGGAUGAGAUUGUAUGUAGGACUAUUUAUCAAAAUAUUCAUUUCUUUAAUCUCAGAACUUUUAACUCACAUGAACAAUUCAGUUAGUGCAUGCAUGACAUAUUAGGAAAUACAUAAUAAUAAUCCUACAGGUAGUUGAUUUAGUCGUUAAUCUUGUGUCUACCUUCUACUUAUUAGAGUACUGUACUGCCAUUGAAUGCGGUUCAUUUUAGUAGUUGAGUUUUCAAAAAAUGUGGAUAAUUUGGCUGUGGACAGAUGCUCCCGUUGGUUACCACUCACUGCCAUCCUUAUGUCUUGUCUUGGAGGAUUUGUUAUUGUGCUAGUUAAAUAUUCACAUACAGUACAGUAUUCCUGUUUAGCAAAAGACCUCCUAUAAAGUAUGUUUUGUUUUCUUGAUAAUACAGUGAUUUGUGACGAUUGAAUCUUCUGUCCACACCAAACUAUCAAUCCACUGUCAAUAAUGGGUUACUCGGUGACACAAAGCACUUGGUUCUACUUUUAAAUAAUUACAUCCAAGUAUAUUUUCAAAUUAAAUUAUAUGUCAUAUGUACCAAACUUGGGUGGACAUUACUAACCCAUUAUUAACAACAGUCACAUUACAUUUACAGUUACUGUAGUUAUUAAAUUCACUACAGUGUAUAGCCACUGCUACAUCUUUUGUCUUAAGAAUCCUUUUCAUAUAGAAAACUAGUAAUAUUUAAUUAAAACAUUAAUGCUCUGUAUUUUCAUAGAUAUGGAACAGUAUUGUCUCCUUGAAAACAUCAAAAAGACUGAAAAUUGGAUCAAACAGCUGUACAAUGCAUCCAUGAAGGGGCAAAAAACAGAAGCCAAACAUGUGUGCCAAAAAUUAAUUCUAAACUGUAUGACUUACUGUAGGCCUUAAAUUGUAGUCCUGUCUUGUGAAUAAACUUUAUACUUA